AUGCCGCCACAAAGGAAUAAUAAUUGUAGGACUGCAGUUGUUGAUGAACCGCAAGAUAAUAUCCCAGUUGUUCCACAAAACCAAAAAACUAACAGGAAUGCUCCAGCCAAUGAUCGAGUCAAUCGUGUGGUGGAACAGUUUAGAAUGCUCCAUCCACCCUCUUUUGAUGUGGCUUGUGCUACGUACAUGUUGAAAAUAGGAGUAAACAAAUGGUGGAAUAUGACUCGCAAGACAUGGAAUAUCGCUGAAAAUCCUAUGGGCUCGGAUAGGUUCAAGGAGCUUUUCUAUGGGAAGUUCUUUCCCCUGACUGCCAGACAGAACAAGGAGGCAGAUUUUAUCAAGUUAGAGCAAGGAAAACUGUCCCUGAUAGAGUAUGAAAAGAAGUUUGAGGAGCUUUCUCACUACGCCCCUCAUUUGGUGGACACUGAUUGGAGGAAAGCAAGAAAAUUUGAAAGAGGUUUGAGACCAGAAUUAAGGAAGCAUGUUGCUGCCUUCAUAUUGAUUACGUGUGCCGAGGUGUUGCAAAAAGCUCAGAUCUUGUCACAGGAUUUGGACAACAUGAAGUCACUUUCCAAGGAUGGUGGUUCAAAAAGAAAGUUCCAUAGAGGACAAAGUUCGGUCACCCUCAUAAGAGAGUAG